GGAACAACAGGGAUCCUCCGAGGCAGCUAUUCCCCGUCUGUGUCGAGGGGUGCCUCCGCUCGCCCCCAGUGGAUGCAGUCUCCAUCGCCCCUGUCCGCCGGUUUGAGUGCAGCCCGCCGUCAUGGCAAAUGCAGGGAGAUGGAUUGUGGGGUCGCCGAUCUUGGUGACGCCCGGGACGGGAGGGAGGUGUGGGCAGAACAGCGAUGGGGGUUGUUGUCGGGGCGCAAAGAAUCCAUAACUCGGGGGGUGCAGCGACUCCGUGUGGGGGAGCAGGAAAACGACGGCGACGCACCAGUUGUGGACGCGGACGAUCACGAGUGGAACGACAACGACGGCGAAGGUGGGGAGGAGGACGCAGGCUACGUUUCGUCGUUCAAGCAAAGCAGCAUGGGAGGAAGGGCCGGGAAGUCGAAGGCGUGUGCCCGCAAUGGUCGUCAGGGGAAGAAAGCGGCGGGGAGGGGGAGCGAUGCCGAAGGUGACAUUGAUGUGGAAGGCGGUCGUGGGCGUCGACAAAGACGCAAAUCGGUGCGGGAAGAAGUGGGACAAUUUGAUGCAGCAGUUCAAGAAGGUGCAUCACUUCCAAGGCUUGUCCAAUUCUCUAGGAAGGAGAGGACAUCCAAGGGCUUCAAUUUCAACGUGGAUCGUGCGGUUUACAACGAGAUAUUGGGGUUGACCGCCAAGAACCACACCAUAAACCCGAAGAACGUCGCUAACAGUGGUGCUACGGGUGGUGUGCAUCUGUCGUCCGCCUCUUCUGCGGAUCCUGAAUCUGUGGGCGAUGGGGACGGUGGUGCAGGGCACGACGACGACGACGACGGGUCGACGAAAGGGGGCGGCGACUUCGACGAAGAGGACGAAGCGUCGUUGAAGAGGAAGCCGUUGAGGCGGACGGGUGGAGGCCUCUGGAUCGACGAGGGUGGCGAAAGACGAGGCGGAGGAGGUCGCGUCAUCAUGGAUGACGUCAUCGACGUGGACGCCGCGACGACAUCCAGGCAGGGCGGGGGAAGUGGCGUUGCACAACAAAAUCGCGCGCCCGUGCCACGUGUGAAUGACGCCCCGGACGCGCAAGAGGGUGCUGUCCACACACGAACACCAGCAACCCUGCGGUCAAGGACGGCUGCAGACGUUGGCGUGAAUGCGCAAGCUGUUGCUCAGGGGAACAAGAACCGCUCUCCUGCACAGGAGGCGAGGUCGUCGCGGGGGGGGGGCUUCACACACGGGGGAAGGGGCGAGGCAGGCGAUGUCGCCGGAGCAAGGGAGGACGACGACGCGCUGGUCAACAGGGUGCGGCCGCGGAAUACGCUGGAUGGAAUGGAGGCGGCGUCGAAGCUGUGGGUGGACGACCGCCCCUUCUGGAAUGAAACGGAAGGGAACGCCAUAGUCACGUUGAUACAGCAAGCGCGCCUGUAUCUUGUGCCUGUGGCGUGGGGAGUGCAGCCUCCGACCGUUCGUAGAAGCAUCGUCUUGCCUCAUACCACCAUCCCGCAGCAGAAAAUUGAGGACGGAACGGAGUUCAACGUUGCGAAGGAGAGGGCGUUCAAGGUGCAGACCAUCGCUUUGCGGGUGAUCCAUGGGUGGGUCUUCAAGUCGACGAGCAGGCAACGGGGGUACCACGCUGUGUACAAGUACACGUUGAACCACGCGGCCACUGACAUCACUCGCGCCAUGUGGGUGGGGGAGGACUGACGUAUAUGUGUGAGCCCCAUGGUGUUCCACAUUACGCUGGACAUGGAUACGAAGUUGCCACUAUGGUUCGUCGGCGCCGACAUCGAAGACAUGCACGUUUCCGUCAUGGGAGGGGACGUUCCCGUGAUGGUAAUCAUCAAUGUGGCGGAUCGAUUGUCAUAGGGGUGUUUCAUGAACGUUUCGUUUUCUUAAUUUAUUUUUUUUUGGGACAUGGCAAAUCGAUGUCCGCAUAUGUUAAAACGAACAUCUAAUUGUGUUGAUUGAUAUUCAUGAUGUUUACAGCUUUGACUUGAACCGAUGGAUGAUGACAAAGUGGGGGAUGUUCAUACACGGCAUUGCAAAUGUGAGCAGGAAUGAAGGCAAUAGAAAUGA